CAAUGUUAAGCUGUUCAAAUAAUUUUCAAACAUAGAUUUAAAUGUAUCAGUUACGUCGCAAUUCUGAAAGUUUGGCGGAAAUUAUAGUGCAUUCGCUUUGGUGUAUUUAGAAAACGCGUUCGUAUGCGUACGAAUGAAUCGAAGUAAACAUAUUUUCUAAUAAAUUGGUAGAAUUAUAUCUACGCAAGGUAAAGUCGGACAUAAACGAUUUACUCGAAAGCACGAGAACACCUAAUUUAAAUUGGAGGAAUUAUAAACCGUUGAACAUGCAAACGAAUUCACAAAAACGUGAGAACAUUGAGAAAACGAUAUUAGCGCUAUUGCUUUCACGAAAAGAUGGAUGUUCAUUAUCUCAAUUGUCCAGAGAUUAUAAUGAAGUGGAAGGUGAACAAAUACCCUGGAAACCUUUAGGAUACCACUCUUUAUUGAAUUUUGUGCACAGUUUGUCAAAAACUGUUCAAAUAGAAUUUAGGAACAGUAUACCUUUUGUAAAAGGUAUUGCCUCUGAUAAGACAAAACAUGUUAGUAAGUUAGUAGCUGAUCAAAAAUAUCAAAGAUGCCAAAGUGGAAGAAAGGUGUAUAAACCAAGUUUCUGCUUUCCAACAACUCCUCCUCCAAGGGUUCUCGUAUCUACUGAGAUAUUAACAAGGGUAAUCUGUAUGGUUAACGAAUAUCCAGAUGGCGUGAACAAGGAUUUUGUACUAAAUUAUAUCCAGACAGAAGUGCCUCAUGUAAACAUUGCAAUGAGUGAUAUAGAAGAUCAAUUACGUGGAUUAUCACAUAGGAUUGGUCAAACGAGUAAUAAGUUCUUUCCGAUUAGAAAUAUGGCAAGAAAUGGUGAUUCUAAGCCGCUUAUGGUGACUGCUGGAGGAGAUGAGGAUUCAGACAAUAUAAUUAAUUAUAAUGAUGAAGAUGAUUUUGCAUUUAUACCUUCCACUUCCAUGCCUGACUCAUCUUGUGCAACAGCAAGGACUAAAUCUACAUCUAAUUUUAUACAGGAAAGUGUAUCUAAGUAUCAGCAUGAAGUUGCAGAAUAUAAAACUUUGGAAUAUACACCAAUAGUGCAAAGUGACCAAAAUAAUUUAGAUACUGCACACGGUUACAAUGACAAUGUUGAAUUAGAAAUUCACAGAGAAUCCAAUAAUCCAGAAAAGAGUAUUCACAAAGAGCCAGAUAAAGAAAAUUCUUCGGACAAUGAAAAUGUUGAUUUUAUUGUAAAUCGAAGAGUUCAAUUUCGUUUAGAAAAACUUAUUCAGAAUAACCCUGAUGGAAUUUGGUGUGCCGAUCUUCCACAAAAAUAUUUAGAGGAGUACAAAUUUUCCUUGAAUUAUGCAGAAUAUGGUUUUAACAGUGUUAGGGAAUUUGCAUCGCACUUAUCCAACAUUUUUCAUUGCGUACAACCUUAUAAAACAGGAGAUUUCAUGCUGUAUUAUGCUAAAAGAGAAAUACCUUCGAUUAAAUCGCAGAGAACGCAAAAAGUUGAUAAUCUUGCACAGUUACAUUACAUAUAUGAAUCAGAUAAUGAUGUUGAAGCACUUCCAUCAUCAUUGUCACUUGAUACGUGUAAGAAAAUAAUACCGGAUGGUAUAGUAACAAUCGGAGAAACUGUAGGACAACUGGAUGUUGUAGAAUUAGCAAAUGCAGAGACACCUUACAUUGAAAUUAAUGUUGUAGAAGUAUUCACUCCAUCGUUCUUUUGGAUACAGCUUCGUAAAAAGGAAAAAGUAUUUAAAACAUUUAUGAAUGAUUUACAUGACUUUUAUACAAAAAAUCAUGAGAAGUAUGUAAUGCCACCAGUUUUAUUAGAAAAGGGCUUAAAUUGUGUAUGUAUGUACAAUGAAAUAUGGCAUAGGGGUAUAAUAAAGAAAGUCAACCCUAACUUAGAUGUUACUGUGAUGUUUUAUGAUUAUGGUACAUUAAAAACAUAUCCUCCAGAAAAGAUACACUACUUGCAUAGAAUGUUUUCAAUUAUACCAGCACAAGCAAUACCAUGUGGUUUAGUUAACACAAAGCCAUAUAUAGGAUCCAAAUGGUCUGCAAGUGCUACACAUCAUUUUGCAUUAAGGACAUCUCAGAUACCUUUGAUCGCAACAAUAGCAACAAUUGAUACAGAAGACAACUCCAUGUUGGUAAAUUUGACUGACACGUCAGAAGAGGAAGAUGUGCACAUCAAUGAUUGGUUAGUUGAGAAAAAACUAGCACGACAUGGAAAAAUGGACGAUAAAGUCGAUAUGAAAAAUAUGUUGAUCUAUGUGGAAGAAAAUUUACUAUAUUCACCGGAAAAAUGCUAUGCCGACGAGGUUGAUAUAUCUAAGACCGACGAAGAGUCUAAGAACAUGCCUUUGAUAUCACCUCAAAGUACCUUAGAUGAUACGCUUUUUGUGUCUACGGCUGAACGCACAUUAUCCAACGAAUUGAACAAACUAAUAACUAUCGAGGAAGAAAAUUUACAAGUUCGAACUUCUAAGAAUGAUUUAUCAUCCACUGUAUUUUCUCCAACAAAAACUAACACAAAUCCAUUCUUGCAAGAUGAUAGUCAGGUUGUAUCUGAGAUAACACCAAAAGAAUUCAUGAGAUUGUGGAAAGAAAACUUACAAUUACAAAUGCAAAUAGCUGCAACUUUUAAUAUACUUUUCAAUAAAGUAAUAAAGAAGUCUGAUAUGAACAUAGACGAUAAUCCAGCGAAAGAUGGAAACACUCUAAAUAUAACGGAUAAUACGUAUACGCAUACUAAUAAAAGUAUCCAAACGGUACUAAACGAUACCGUAUCCUCGGUCGCAAAUAAUUAUAAUAAUCUAAAAGAAAAUUUUGACGCAGUGUGUCAAUCUUUGGAAAAUAAGGGAACAUACAAAAUCGAAAAUGUACCUCAAGGAUUUGAAAAUAUUAAUCCGAAAUUUAAUUUAGAUAUUCAAAAUUAUUUUCUGAAUCAUAAUACGGCCGUCGAUGUGCCAAAGCCAUUAGAAAAACUUAGAAAUAAUAAUGGACCUUUUAAAGAGACAAAUCCAUUUAAACUUAGUUUAUUAGGUGAAUUACAAAUAUUAGACUCGCAGGAAGAGGAUUCCUCGAGUUCUAAUCGCUUGACACCUAUUUUGAACGAAAACGAAGAAUUAGUUAUUGAACAUGAUUUAAUCGAUUGUAAAAAAGAAAACUCUAACGUCCAAAGCAUAAACCAUAAUAUUCCGGAGAAUUUGUUCAGAGAUGCGUCGUUCAAUCACCACCAAUAUUUUGAUACCAAUAGUUCUAGUAACGCAAACAAUAAUAAAAAUAAUUCAUCUGCAUUGAACGGAAAAUCCGUUUCUACCGAUUACACAUGGACGAUGGAUAAUCUUUCUAACAAUAUGUCGAAAAUUAUUGUCAAUAAUCCGUUUAUAAGACACAGUAUUAAUAACAUAAACGAAACGGAGGAACAUGUGGAAACAAAUAAUGAAAAUGUACUGAAUACUCCACAUUGCAAUUACAACACAUUUGCAUAUACACCCUCGUAUCUCAGAAUUAGCUCAAAAGAGCAUGUUAUGGACCAAGAGCACAAGGAUAAUAUUGCUCCAGUUUCUUGUAGUUCAUUGACAAACAAAUCAUUCGUCGAUCAUAACGUACAGACUAUUGACAAAAUAAACGAAGAGACAAAAUUUUUUACAAAUAACGCUGCUAAUUUUAAUCAAGCUACACUUACAUAUAAUAAUAAUUGUACCGUGUCGAAAGGAAUUUCUAAUUACAAUAGCAUAAGUAAAAACGAUGAUACUAAUAAUUGCGUGUCUUCGUUAUGGUUACCGUUUAAUAGCUUUCUGCCAUCGGUACCAGUGAUACAGACAGCACAGAGUGAUAUAAACGCCGACGAAGGCUAUUUGUCUCGACCAUCUACCUCGCACGCUUUAUACACACCUACCUUUUUAAAACAAUUGAAUAACGAAGCGGAGCCUAGACAACAAUCGCUGACUAAAAAUUUAAACGAAAUAUGCGACAUACAUGCGAGAGAGAGGAUUAAAUUGGCCGAAGAUAGAGUUGACAUUCAAUGCGAGAGUUAUGGUACAAUAUAUCCUUCAUAUUUUAAGGAAAACAAAGAUAUAGAGAUAACAUGCAACGAUAGUCAAUGGCAGAAUAGUUCGGAAAACGUAACUGUGAAAGAUACGGAGGUUCAAGUUAACAUUGACAAUCUCGGAGUAAAGAAUUUAUAUUCAAAAGAAAGCGAGUUAAGAAAUAUUUGGAAAUCGCCCACUUCCAAGGAAUCCACAUAUGUUCACAAGAACCCUAUAUGCCAAACAUAUUCAUCUGCCAAACGAAAAAUAUUUUACCAAACAAUUAAACUACCUAAGCGGACGGUUUACCUGUUUCACCAUAAAGGAGAAGGGUGGUUGUUAGUAGAUGAAUUUAUGAGAUUUACUGAAUUUCAAACAGUAUCGUGUAUGUUAGAUUUUUUACAUUUUGUUGACAUACAUGUACCAUUCGAAGAAAUUGAUAAAAAUCAAUAUUCGAUAGAAUAUAUAACAUUUUUCAGUAUCUUUCCAAAGACAAUGCAAGAUAUAACAAAUGAUAUUAAUAAUCUUCAAUUGAUAUCAUUAAAAUCAAUAGUGAAACUAUUGACUAAAUUGAAAUUCAUUUCACAAAAGGAUAUAAAUAUAUGCAUAAUGCAUAACGCUUUUAUAAAUAAAGAGUUUUUGGAUGGAUCUGUUACGCACGAAAUUUCGUUGAUCUUAAGUGCGUAUGGACAAUUGAAGCAGUAUAUUGAAAAUAGAGUAUAGAUAUAAAUUAUGGGGCUACAUGUUCCUUGAUAAAGUAUGACAGAUAUUUUAUAAUCCCUUGAUACAACUGUGAAGUUACAAUUUUUUGUUUGUUAUUGAGAAAAUAGU